UAGAUUGUUUGUCAAAUCCUACCUGGUCAAUAGCCAUCAAGUCAGGCCUACACUGUCACGUCCUUCAUAUGUUUGGUGCUAUUGUCACUGGUUCAAAGCCCAAUGCCCAGAUGGCAACAACACCCCCUACUGUUGACAUGCUAUUCCGCUUACUGACAAGCGAGUCUGACCAUGGCGUGACAAAAGGACCCGACUCUGAGAAACACUCGGUUACUGAGCUGGUACUCCGAUGUCUCGUUCAGAUGAUCAAGGUUAUACACAGUUGCUGUCCAGAAGAAAGGCAGGUAGAACUGAGUGAGUUAUUGGAGCAACUUCUCCAGGCACUGAGGAGUAGCCAUAGAAACAGUGAUGUACAAUAUGCAAUAUUCAGGAGUAUCCCACAGACAUUAUUAGAUUCUUGCGGCAACAGGAGUAGCCUCCAGAGGGCGUUUGUCAAAGCAGAUGUAUUCACAACUCUUUUAACCAUCUUAGAAACAGCAACAGUUUCUGAUGGCAACAAGCAAUUAGCCGUCUUUUUCACGGUUCAUCUACUUGGUGCUAUUCUCAAUGGAUCUCUUUAUGCAAAGGAAAUCUUCAAGGAGACGAUAGGUUAUGAGAAACUAGGGGAGUUAAUUGAUCGGCUGGGGAAUCCUUCACAGGAACUCAUUGAGACCUUGAUGGAUAUGGUAUUUGACACCCCUUACAAACCAGACAACAAGCUUCUCAUCCAGAACACGGGCGUGGUGUCUCUCCUCCUCUUCCUCCUCCCCCGCAUCCAUCACAACCCCACCCUUCAGGAGUUUGUCGUCAAUGGCCUGGCCCACAGCUGCGUGUCAUGUGAUUACAACCGCAUGCAGUGUUGCUAUGACGGUAUUGUGUCGGGGGUGAUCAGAGCUCUGCAGUGCAGGGAACAGUUGCAUCGGAAAACAGAAGAGAGGUUAGUAGGGCUAUUAGAAUCCUUGGGAGCUUACAGCAUUACAUCAUCACAACUCAAGGCUCUGAUUGGUCUAAUGAGAGGUGAAGACGACCAAUCACUGUCCUCAAACUGCACCAGACUAAUGAGGGCACUGUCUAGAAUGGCUCGAAAGGAGGGCAAGCUCAGCGCUCAUCAUUACUUUGACUUUCAAGCGGAUGAUACAGGCAUAUCAAUUCCAGCAAUCAAGAAGUGGCCUGGUAGUAGUUUCAGCUUUCAUACGUGGGUGUGUCUCAACACCACUCCUGUUACUCUUGAGAGAGGACUCUACAGAAGGCAACUAUAUAGUUUCUACUCUGCCAGUGGAUGUGGUUUUGAAGCGUUCUUUACGUUAGAUGGCGUCCUGGUCGUAGCUGUCUGCACCAAGAAGGAAUUCUUCUCCGUGUCUCUCACCGAUUAUCCAAUCACAGAUAACAACUGGCAUCAAGUGAACAUUGUCCACUAUGGUUCCAAGCGACCAUUUGUCCAGAGUCAACUCUCUAUCUUUGUGGAUGGUUAUCUUCGGCAAACAUCACAGCUAAAGUUUCCUGCAAUGGGAGAGCCUUUUGUUUCCAGUUUUAUAAGUUCACCACCGUCAUUCAACUCCCUGGAGCAGGAUGUUGAGCUAGAUACCACUGCCGGUAUGAGACCGCGAUCGACAUCAGCAACCACCAUUACUACCAAGAGGCCCUUUUCCCUGCGGGUCUUGAAAGGCCAGUCACAGUCUGUAUCUGAGGAUUCAUCAGUGAGCAUGGUUCCAGCAAACAUGAAAUACUUAGAAUGGGGCUCUUCAAGGUCACUCCAAGGUCAGAUGGGCAGUGCCUGUGUGUUCUAUGAUACCCUGACCCCACUACAGGUCAAGAAACUUUACGCUGCUGGUCCUAACGUACUAACCUUGUUCCAGGUUGACGAUCCAGACCUGGCGGAUCUCAACAGCAAGGUCUUGAUCUACUACCAUGGUAAAGCUUGUAAGGACAGUACCUGCAUGGACCUGUCCAGGAACCAGCCCUAUGACGGAGCUCUGACAGGACACAGCUGUAGUACUGGUCGUCCUAAGGAUGUAUUGAAUUGCAUUGGUGGGGUCCAGGUCCUCUUUCCACUUCUUGAGCUUUCACUUCAAGACCAAGCGGGGUCAGAGGUCACGACCCCAGAGGAAGUAGAAUCCCCAACAUCAUCGGUCAACAUGGACAAUGUAGAUGAAGACUGGGAGAUCCUACCUACUAACAUGCAGUGUGAGGCAAAGCUAGAAAGGAACCGAAUCUCCGGCUUCCUGUCCCUUCUGAAGAAUGUUUGUAUUGGACAUUCCAUCAACCAAGAACUCCUUCACAAAACACAAGGUCUAGCUACGAUAGGAGCUCUAUUACAGAAGGCUGACUCUGCCAUUAUAGAUGUCAACGUCCUAAUGGCCGUUCAACUCAUCGUGGAGUCCGUCUGUGCAGGAAACCCUCAUCUGCUGAAAGCCGCUCACCGUCACCUGCUCUUUGACUUCAGGAUAUGGAGCAGAAGUGAUUUCCCUGUUAGAAUUGGUCACAUACAGUACUUAGCAACCAUAAUCAAGGAUAACAGGAAGACCUUUCGCAAGGCAUACGGAGUGCAAUUCAUGCUUGAUGUCAUAAGAACAUACUACAGCGGUCAAACCGACAUCACAGCUGAUGAUUCCAAAGCCAUCAGACAUUCCCUGCGAGGAUUGAUCAGAUACUACGUCUAUCGGAGUAUUACAAGUCAAGAGCUGCAAUGCAUCCUGGGAUUCAUCACAGCGGUCAAGGAGCAGGCGUUGAUUGAGGAGGCCCUGGAUCUUCUAUUGACCCUCCUAGAGACCCCAGGCAAGGACCAGUUGCUCCAGCUCCUAUUUGAGCAUGGAUCAGCAGAUCUGCUCUAUGUCCUUCUCACCAGACCAGAGUACUCAGAUGGUGUCCAAGUAAGAGUACUCAAGCUAUUUGCUGGAAUGCUGCACUCGACCAAGGUACAAGAGAAGAGCAAGGCUAGGAUCCGUCUUCAAGAUAUUGGUUUCUCUGGUCUAACCCUACUUAUGGAACAUGCUACCGUUAGUAUGUCAGUAGCAAGGACUCUGGUCGAAUUAGUUACAGAGGGUCAUCUAAAUCACAGAGGCCUGCUUGCUGUUCUGAAGGUACUUCAUUCAUCAAAUGCAUUGGUUAAGUUAGAAGCCUGCACCCAGCUGCUUCACAUCCUCUACACACAACCCGAUGCCAGGACACAGAUAGCCAAGAUUCCUGGCUGGCAGGAUACCCUUGCCCGUCUCCUCAUCAAGACACAGGACAAUGACAACAACAGCCUUGGUGUGGAGAUGAAUGGUUUCUUCAGCACAAAGCAACUCCAGGCAUCAGAGUCGUCUCUGGAUAGUCUGCCGAAUGAAGACAUCGAUGGUCAAGCCUUGCCAGUGACCUCCAAACAUCCGCCUUUCACGGCGGUUUCGAACACAGCAGAGGGUUUUCCAAGCCCGAUCACUACGACAAGCAACGGAACUGUCGCAUAUGAGUCAGCUUCUCUUAAUUCUGAGCGUCUUGACCAAGUGAAGUUGGAUCGUGAAAGAAGCUUUUCAGCCACAACGCCAGUCUACUCAAGACCAACGCAAAUCAUUAUCGAUCGUACGCACUGUAAUUCUGACAACUCCCCUUCCAUGCCAAAAACCUUUCCAAUUCAGUCUUCAUCGAGUUGGUCAUUACCUAUAUCUGUCGAUACUGAUUCCAUUGCAACGGAAAGCACAUUAAGCAUAGACACGCCCGAUGAUUCCAGCAUCCUCUGUGUUGUUGAUAGUGGUGUGAGCCUUACAAGGCCAUCAGACUUGGAUAUUUCUUUAUCUGAGAGAGAUGAGCCUAACUUUGAUCUAAGUCCCGGGGGUAUCAUUCAGAAGGAGAGGAAUGAGCAGACUUUGGUUGAUACCUUGAUAGAGAUAUUAGUUCAGAUCAUGUGGUUAGGAGUAGAUGGAAGCUCAGAAGAAGCAUGGAUUGCCAGAGGUCAAAUUUUCAAGUGCAUCGCCGACCUCUCAAACUCUCAUCCAAUCUUGCGACCAGCCAAUCAGAUCAAGCGUCAGAUGCUGGAGAAACUGCUUGAGGGUGCUGCAGGGGACAUCAAGACAGCUGGUACACCAACAGCUGCUAAUGCAGAGAACGCCCUCUAUCUUGUCAAGCUUGUUUAUGAUUUCUUGUUUGGUGUUGCUGGCUCAGAUCCAACAAGUUGGAGUGUCAAGUUGGAAGAAGGAGUCGUUGACCUUCUCGACCUUCUCCAAGUAUGGACAGAUACAAGUCACAUGGAGGAAUGGAAGGAGAUGUCACAUCUUGGACUCCGGUUGCUGCUCAGGUUCUCCUCUCACAAUAACCUAGAGAUAUGUGCAAUGGCAUCUGCAAGGCUACACCAUCUGAUCCAGUCUCGACCGAUCACAUCUCCAAGUGAAGCCUGCUUCUUCUUAGGCUCAUUGGAUGAAGCCCUCAUACAAAGCCUAGAUGAUACAGAUGGCAAGGAGGAUACGUUUGCCUACAUGAUCCCGUUAGCCAGGGCCAUGGUUGAUAAGUAUAGGGAUGAACUGGGUAUGACGUCGUUCCUGGUCAACCUCCCUUCCACUGACACCAGUCCGACCUUCGUUGAGGACUUCAGGGAUUACUGCAAGUCAGAAGAAUGGAGGAUGUAUAUUGAGAAACAGGUGCAGCCCUUUAUGCAUGAGUACAUCACCAAUAACUACUCUGAUAUCACGGCCAAGAUGUCUAAAUACUGGAGGAAAUGCUUUGAUAUUCUCAAUACAAACAUCCACAAAAGAGAAAGGGAGAGAGGAGAAAGCAAGCUCAAGUUCACUACCCAAGUGAUUGAGCCGUUCAAUACAAUGUGCAAGACAGAGAAUGCAAGACACGCCUCCACGUGCAAUAAACUGACCAAUCAGCAUCAGUCUACAUUGAGGCAAUGGAGGGCUGCAAAGAGGUUUUUGAUUGGUGAGAGAGGAGCAUGGGCCGAGAGGAAUCCACAGGAAAUCUUCUGGAAGCUGUCUUCUCAGGAGAACUUCUCUCGGAUGAGACUCAAACUAACCCAGAACUACAACUAUGAUCAACAUAUAGAUGCCAGUCAGCAGAGAGACAACACAGGCAUAGCUACUGAGGCAUCUCAGACGCUUCCUUUGGCUGUGGCUAAAGAAGCAAGGGUUAGUGAUAUGGAGCUUCAAGAUGACCGACUGGGAGAUGAAGAAUGGAACCUGGUCAACGUAGAAACUGGUGGGGAGGAGCAUGGAGAGACGGUCAAGGAGAAGGUGGUCAUCUCAGAGGAAUGUCAGCUCAUCACCCUAGUGGAUGUCAUUCCUGGUAAACUGGACAUUACCACAACCCAUGUAUACUUCUAUGAUACUAGUCCUGAGAAGGAAGAAGUUUUUGGACAAGAUUUCAAAUGGUCACUGUCUCAUCUGAGGGAGGUUCAUCUCCGUCGUUACAACUUGAGACGUAGCGCCAUUGAGGUCUUCUUUAUCAACCAAACCAAUUACUUUAUCAACUUCAAAGACAGGAAGACAAGGAAUAAAGCAUAUAGCCGAAUCCUAAGCUUGAGGCCACCCAAUCUGUACUACACUGGGGCCAAGUCACCAGCAGACCUACUCAAGGCAUCAGGUCUGACUCAGAAAUGGGUUAACAGGGAGAUCUCCAACUUUGAUUACCUGAUGCAGCUGAAUACCAUAGCAGGAAGGACGUACAAUGACCUCAGCCAGUACCCAGUGUUUCCAUGGAUCUUGUCUGACUAUUCUUCGGAAGAGCUUGACCUGGAGAACCCAGAAGUAUUCCGUGACCUUUCGAAGCCUAUUGGGGUCGUCAACCCUAAGAAUAUUCCAGAAGUGCAGAGCAAGUAUGAGAACUUUGAGGAUCCAUCAGGUACUAUUGAUAAGUUUCACUACGGCACCCACUACUCUAACGCUGCAGGGGUCAUGCACUAUCUUGUUCGAUUGGAGCCGUUCACAAUGCUUCACAUCCAGCUCCAGAGUGGAAGAUUUGAUUGUGCAGACCGUCAGUUCCAUUCUAUUGAAUCCCUGUGGGAUACGUUAAUGGAGAACCCUAACGAUGUCAAGGAACUCAUCCCUGAAUUCUUCUACUUGCCAGAGUUUCUUGUUAAUGAUAACGAAUUUGAUUUGGGAUGCCUGCAGACAGGAGAGCCAGUGAACGAUGUCAUCUUGCCAAAUUGGGCCAAGUCACCCGAAGACUUCAUCCACAAACACAGACAGGCUCUUGAAAGUGACUAUGUUUCUAGUCAUCUUCAUGAAUGGAUCGAUCUGAUCUUUGGUUACAAGCAGAAAGGACCUGCUGCUGUGGAGGCUCUCAAUGUCUUCUACUACUGCACGUAUGAAGGUGCUGUAGACCUCGAUGCGAUCAAAGAUGACAUACAACGUCAAGCUGUAGAGGGCAUGAUCAACAACUUUGGCCAGACACCUUGCCAACUCUUGAAGGAACCCCACCCAUCAAGACGUCUUGCCUCAUCGCCAGAGGAGAGCACGAGAUCGAAAGGGCUGAUGAGGACACAACCAAACUUUCACAACAUAUUUGAGCAUCUGGAUGAACUCAAAGCUUUCUUUGUGGAGGCCUCAACAUCUGACAAUGACCCACUGGUCUAUGUGAGAGUUCCUAAAAGCCAAACUAAAUCCUUCAUCUAUCAAGGCAUGCCUGACACUAUGGUGACUGUAACUCAGAAGGGUGUGGUCGGGACCCACAGCUGGCUCCCCUACGACAAGAGCAUCUCCAACUACUUCACCUUUGACCGGGACUCCACCCUCAUCAGCUCCAAAACUCGGAAGUUGGUGAGCGGCCCGUUCGCCCCAGGCAUCCACGUAACCGCCAGGCUAUUCGUGGCUACACACGAUGCUCGUCUUCUGUUUGUUGUGGGACAUUGGGACAACAGCCUCCGUGUGUUCAACCUCAAGAGCAGUGGACGUCUGGUCGCACACGUCACCCGUCACAUGGAUGUCGUCACGUGUGUCGCCCUGGAUGGGUGUGGCAUGCAGCUCAUCACCGGGUCACGUGAUACCACCUGUAUGGUCUGGGAGAUCACUUACCAGAAUGGAAUGGCAAGUGGUAUUAAUAACAAGCCAAUUCAAACCCUCUAUGGUCAUGAUGAUGAAGUAACCUGUGUUGCUCUUAGCUCUCAGCUGGACAUGGCAGUAUCGGCUUCAAAGGACGGUACAAUCAUUGUCAACACAAUCCUGAAGGGGCAUUAUAUCCGAACCUUGAGGCCCCCUAAUGAUCCCAAUGCCCCUCUCUCAAUCCCCUGCCUAGCGAUCUCAGAAGAGGGGCAUAUUAUUAUCCAUCUUAGACAACCAGCAGCUAGCAAGCAUAUGCAGGGGAAAGAUAUCCCUCGUAAGCAGUCUACUGCAAGCAAACCAGCUCCGGAUCACUGCAGUCUUCAUCUGUAUUCAGUCAACGGCAAGCACCUAUGCUCUGAGAUGAACGCAGGCUGUCUCACCGACAUGGAGGUCGUAGAAGACUUCCUGUUGACCUCCGACAGCAGAGGGGUCAUCUGCUUCAGGAAGAUAUUUGAAUUAAAGGCUGCCACCACUAUGCGUCUUCAGCUACCCGUUCACUGUCUAUCUGUUGUACCUACUAAGAGUCAAGUACUAGCCGGUUUACGAGAUGGUAAGCUCAUCAUCGUAUCCAUAGACAGACCUCCAGAAGCAAGGAAACUACUCGGACGUUGAAACAAACCCUGCUCAGGGGCUAAGAAAUCAUUGCGUCUUCCAAGCUUGUAAUCAACCAUGAUGCCUUUCAUACAAGACUCCGCAGACUAACCAAGGACCAAUGCACAUAGAUUCAACUCUGUAAAGCAGGAUCAUUUAUGUUCGUAGUCGCAAUGCUAGCUUCUCCUAUUUUUGUUGAUUUAUGAGCUGUUUCCGACAGUAAAGGAUGUAAAAUAGAGGUCAAAAAUGGGUCAAGAGGAGGUUUUGAAGUUUCAGUGUUACGUAUGGGUGAGAUCAGGUCAAAUAUAGGUCAAGAUAGAGCUCAUGAAGUCAUUUUUGAGAGUUAUAGAAUGAAGGAGAGGUCAGAUGAGGUCAAACAUAGGUCAAGAGGUCCUGAAAUCAGGUUAAGGAAUGAACUACAGGUCAAAUGAGGUCAAAUUAUGUCAAAUAUUGGUCAAGAAUAGGUGAAAUUAUAUCAUAUACUGGUCAAGAUAUGGUCAUAUGUUAUUAGUGAAGUGGAGAUAAACUAUUGAUGUCAGAGACCUAUAUCUUCAAGGGUUGAGUUAAAGGUCUUGCAUUAUUGAAGAAGGUCACAUCUGUAAAAUGUUAUUUUACUAUAUAUGCUGCACACACAAACCAUAAACUCAAUAGCAUGUCAUACACAGUUGGAUAAAGUGAGGUUUUUCAGGAUGUUCUGUUUUAUUUAAGUAACUAUUCUAGGCAGUCAUUUAUUGCAUAAAUGUACUUCUUUCUGUCAUUUUUAAAAAUUCCUUGCUUUUAAUGCUCACUCUGUACAAAAUCCGUACAAAAAAUUCACAAGAUUUUGUAAAACCUAAUUCUGUUUUUCCAACGAUAACUGUGUAGAAUGAUAAAAGUGUAGAAAAAAAACUAAAAUAAACUUUAUUUGUUGUCAUUUGAUACUCAGCUGAUUAUUAAUCUUGCAUUGCAAAAAGAUUUACUUAUUUCAGUACUUUAAUAGAGAGGUCAUAUUUAUAGUGCUGAGGAUGUCAAAUGUAGCUGCAUGUAAUGCAUCAUCUGAUAUUGCCAAUUUAAGGAUCAGAAAAGAAGGAAACGGAAUGCUUGUUUGUAAACGACUUCAAAUCUCAGGGAUGGUUUUAAAUUGGAAACAAGUUUGUGUCUAUAAAUCGAUGAAAGUCUGGGGGAAUUUUGCACAGAUAAAUGAAACAUUGCCGCUUAACUCUUUCUACUAAUGGAGUUUUGAAACUCAAUAUCUGGAUUUUGAUUUCUCUAUAUUGUUGAAAUCUAUGUACAUUUAUUUAAUAGAGCAUAUGAUUGAGAGAGAUACCAAAGGUGAAAGUAUAUGCUUGUAACAUGAUGCUUAAUGUAAAUUGCAGUGGUUGAACAUGAAUUAGCCAACAUAAUGUAAAGAGUGGACUCGAGCCAUAAGCAACAAUUGUGAAUUUAGUACCCAGGACAAAAGCAUGCAUUCAUUAUUUGACUCUUUCCUCAUCAUACUCAAUGAACUUUAAGCAUAAUGCAUAACAUCUACCUAUGUCAUAGAGUGGGACCAUGGAUUAAAAAACUACCUUUGUGAAUUCAUGCCAUCAUGUUUAUCUGUUCAGUUUAAAGUUGGAAGCAGCUUGGUGUCAAGAUUGAGUUUUUGUAUUUCUGACUCUUGUGGACUCUUGUUUAUUUAUUUGUGGAGACAGUUGAUAUCACAGUUUACAUCAAUUAAGUUAGUAGUUUUGUGACGUGGAUGGGAGUUUUAAGCGAGGUGGCAAGAGUUACUUUUAUGUAUAUUUAUUUAUCAAGGAUACCAAGUAAAGCCAAAUUAAAUAGCUACUUACCAAGUGGUUGAUAUAUUUGUGUGAUUCAAGAUUUGAUUCUUAUUGAAUUUGAGUAAUAACAAGAUUAUAUUGAUAUUUUUGCUGUACUGGAAUUGUUUAUACCUGUACAUUAUAAGUGGUGUGUUAUUGUAGGUAACAUAUCUCAUUAAAAAGUGGCUUUACUUUGCUGUAAACGUUGUGUGAAUUGAAAUAUCCAAGUGCAAAUAUUCUCAAAAAGUGGAUUUUUAAACAGAUUUAUAUAUCAUAUUGUAGUGAAGCUAGAUUUUGCUGGUGGUUUACUGCUAUACUGUCCAACACAUAGAAUAUUUUUAUAUUUUUGUUGUAGUCAUUUAGUUUUGUGGAGUAUUGUACAAGAAUAUAUUCUUUGAUAUAUAGAACAUUGUAUUGUUUUGGAAUCACGGCAUGAUAGAGUGGACCGUUAGGAAUAUGCCUGGACAUUAAGAAAGAACAAAUAGAAAGUAAAAUCACCAGGUCGAUGUCAUAUUAUAUGGACAGUCUUUGGCAAGUUAUCCACUUGACAAUAUGCCUUUAUUCCCCCAGAUCUCAAUGAACAUAUAUUUUUCAAAUUACCAUUAUCUUUUAUUAUUUUAUGGAGGUUAUGAAUGUACGUGUAGGUGGAAAUUAAUAAGAAAUGAUAUUACAUUAAUUUUAUAUCAUAGCAGUUCAAUGAAAAGUUUGUAUUUGCUUUAGAUAAAAAGACAAUUGUUACCAUGCAUUGAAAAAAAUAUUGAAAAAUUGUAUAAUUUCAAUUUGUAUUGCCUUUAUUGUUUCAAUGCCUAAUUUUGUAUCUAAUAAGGAACUGGAGAUGAUGAAAAAGUUUUUUUUUUUUCUAAAUGUUGUAGGUGCAGCCAAUUAUUUAGCCUUUAUUUGCUACAUAUCUGCCUUCGAUGGUUUCAAGAAAUACAUUUUCUGAAAGCUGUCGUACCUUUUGUUUUUUUAAGUAUUAAUUAAAAGUGUUUAUUGAUUUGAUAUUAUGUCUUGGAAUGUAAAUCACCAAGCUAUGAUGUUCUUUGUGUGAUUAUGCUAUUUACAUUGUGAUAUGUUAAUGUCCCUUGGCAAGAUUUUUAUCUGAAUUUUCCGCUCUCUACCCGGGUGUGAAUGGGUGCCGGUAGAAAGAAAUUCAUUGUAAGCCUUGAUCAUUGCAGUUAGUUUCCCAGCUGAGCUGUAGUAAUAGCAAGUCAUGGCAACCUGUAGAAUUAAGCACCAUAUUACUAGUUAAUAUUCAUUUUGAUUGGAUUACUACUAUGCUCUUUCCCAUAUAUCUUCUCACCAUACCUUACCUUAUUCUUGUACUUAAAAAGGUGUACCAAAAACUUGCACAAAUUUUUAGAGUUUCAUUCUGGGUUUCGAUUGCUGUGUUACCUUUUCAAAGAGGUAUUGAACAAAUGGAUUUCUUGACGUUUGUUCCUCUUGUGUAUUUUCCCGAGCUUUUCCUGCCACUCCUUUGUCUUGUAGAUUGUAUUCAUUCCAAAGUCUUAUUGCAAUAUUUAUGUACCAGUGUAUAGUAGUAAUACUUCUAUGGUAUAAAGAGUUCAAAUUAUUUGUACUAUUAUAAUGUUUUCCAUAAUUGUUGUUUCCUAUGCGAAGAAGAAAUAUCAUGCUGUAUGUGACAAAAUUUAUGUCUGAUUGUUGAUUUCACAGCAUGUGAUUGAUUGUGAUAAAUGCAUCUUACUAUUGUGGCUUAAAUCUUACAGAUUUUGGGACAAUUUUACAGUAUAUAAGUUUUAUAUUUCAUUAUAUUUUAGGUGAAUUACGAAUUGCUAUGGCAUGCAUGUUUUGUACCAAAUAAAAAUCUUUAAAAAAAGAUGAAUUGGAUAGUAAAGUAGUGUUUAAAUGUAAUUUGGGAUUGCAUACGAGUUCAGCUAGGUCAAAGAUGGAUAAGGAUGAAAUAAUUUGUGGUUCUAGGUCAAUCCUUGUUCUACACUACUGCAAACUGAAUUCCUAAUUGUAUCUAACGGAUUCACACUCAAACAUUUGUUAUGGACUAUGGUAUGUAUAAUGUAGAUUGAAUAAAACUGGUUACAAUCGUCAUCAAUUCAUAAUGAUUAAUACACUGGGAAAGUGGUUACAUCAUCGCCUAACCUUUGAAAUGUCAUUUAUAUAUGAACAAAUAACGUGAUAUACUGUAUAUCAUGUCUUUACUGGGCAUGUACAUGGAUGAGAUGAGAUCCAGGACUUUCCUCACUCUAUAAUAUAGUAAGUAUUCAAGAUGACACUGCUUCUAAUUUUGGUCUAAUCUUGGUCAUGAGCCCCACGGUGUACUCAAUUCACCUUUUCCUAACCCUACGCAUAGAGGGUAAUGGUACAUUAACUAGAAUUUAUGCAAUCUGCCCUUUAAACUUACAGGAUGUAUAGACUCUUUAAAAAGGUUGUCCUAUGACUAUUGGUAUUAACUCCGAAAAAGUAUUCUGAACGGGGGAUGUCCUAUUUCCGUUCAUGCCAAAUAAUUUUGUAUUGGAAUUUCAAAGGAGUUUACGAGGGCUCCUUUGUAACGUACCGGGUUGGGGUUUUGUGAAGCUGUUCAUCAUGAUUCUACUACUUUCUUCUUUUACAUCCAACAUUGAUGAAAUUUUCAGUCCCAUGCUAGUUUGAUUUGUUUUUUUUAUGUAAAUAAACUUUUUGUUGUGGUAGACUUCACCUACAACCUGUCAACUAAUGAAGUACACUGUACCAAGGCUGUCAGGUUUUGAUAGCAAACAGGGUUCAGUGUUUUUGUUUUAGUUUUUCUAAAAUUCUCAGCAAAUUCAUUUUAAUAAAAGGCCAAUUCCAUGAAAUAUGUACGUCCAACUCCAUGUAUGUGAGACCUUCAUGAAAUUUUCUGUCUCUGAUUUCUGGUUCUUAUGAAAGUCUGUAAUGUUCCCAAAGGACCAUGACUUGGUCAGUUUAUGAAGUAAAGUAUGACUUGAGAAAAAGGGGGUCGGAUGUACAAAAAAGUUGAAUAUUUCAUGGAAUAGGCAAAUUUUGUGGAAGUGCUCAGUCAUGAAUAGACUCUUCAGACAAGUAUUCGACUUGUAAUGAUUAUUUUAUUUGAGAUGGUUAUUUUACUUAUGCAAGGCCGGCCAUCUCUUACACUGGUGAUGGGAUAACUUCAGGUAUGGUGUUGAACACUGGCAUUGAGGCAAAUCAAACACCAGCCACAAUAUCCAAAUUAAAGUGUACAUAUGGCUGGUGUUUAGAUAACACUACUCUGGUUGAGGCUUUUAUAACACAAAUAUCAAUGUGUAAAUCUGUCGGUGGAGCUCAUUUCAACAGCCUGAGUUUAACACCAAUGCCCAACACCAUUUUAAAACUCACCCAAGGUGAUUUUUGCAAGGUUAUUGUGUAGAGGUCAAAUUUACAAGGAUUAUUCAUUUAAAAGCUCUAUUAUUUUUAUGAUUUUAACAUUUAGAAUUGCUUAUAAUGUGAGGGAGACUAAAUCUAUUUCUUUAUAUUGUAUUCUGUAUGAGGGAUAAGAUGCCACUAUGUAUGUAGAAUAUUUGUAUAAAAGCAAGAAGAUAAUUGAAAGAAUAUGCAUUUUAUAUUCCUUUGAGAAGGUGUACAAUCAGAAUAUCCGACCAAUGAGUACAUGAUUCAUAUGGUGUAAUUUAUAUAUUGAUGAAUAGAGGAAUUAAAGAUCUUUAUUUCAGGAAA